AAAGUUAUGUGAACGAAUUCAUCACAACUGUCAGCAUUAAUGUCAAAAGAGACAAGAAUCCAUGUACACACGUGAAAAAUCACAACAAAACGUUCUGUGUUUUGCUUCAAAGGAGAAUAUUUCGCGUAAAUUAAUUUGAUAUCGAAAAUCAUUCAGUUUAAUCACAGAACUGCGAACAGGCAUGGGCUUAACAAAACAAUAUUUAGCACAUCGUGCAGCCGGAAAAUUUAACAUUAUUGCCAGUGGUCGUUCCAAUGUUGUUUUCGUCAAUGUGAAUAAAACCGAUGGUCGGUAUGUUGCAGUCGGAGCGGCGGAAAAUACAUACGUCUGGGAUGUUCGCCUCGGAGAGAAGACCAUCGAAAUAGAUCACGAAAAGAACGAGGUCACAACAUUAAUAGAAACUACCAGAAAUCGUAGCGGGUCAGUGGUCACAUUGCGGCCGAGUCCCGAUAAAUUACACAUCGCCGUUGGCUAUUCGAAUGGCAGCAUUGAGAUAUUCAAUUUGUUGAAUCGAAAUUCGAUCUGUUUAUUCACCGGCCAUCGCAAUGCCGUCAACGUGCUACGAUACGAUAAAUUGGGAAUGUUACUGUUGUCGGGCGGUAAUGACAACGAUAUCGUUGUGUAUGAUGUUGUCGACCAAUUGGGAAAAUGUCGAUUAACCGGCCACACAGCACCGGUAACCGAUGCCUGCUUCUAUGAACCAAUGAACGAUGUGGUCAUAACCAGUUCGAAGGACACACAAAUCAAAUUUUGGGAUAUUGAGACACAGUAUUGCUUCAUGACCAUUGUGGAUCACCGAUCGGAUGUGUGGGCUCUGUCAUUGGUACGAGACAGUCAAUAUCUGGUGACUGGUUCCGGUGACAGUGCGUUGAACAUUUAUAAGAUCAGCGAAAAUGAAAAGGCCACCGAAGAGAACAGAGACAAUGACGAGGACACGGACAAUAGUCCGCUGAAAUGCAAACUAGUCGGUACGAUUCAACGAGCCGGCCGAGGUCGAACUGUAAAUUUAGUGGCAGAUCCCACUGGUCGAGUGAUUGGUUGCCAUGGUACGGAUGAUAUGAUCGAGCUGUUCUAUUUUUGCACCGACGACGAAGCAACUGCCCGGCUAACGAAACGACUGAAAAAGUUGUCGGUUGAGAACAAGUCAAAUCUAUCGGGACUGUCAUUGACCGAUGAGGUGAAACGACUCGCUGGCAUCAAGACUCAGUGCAAAGUGAAAUCAAUUGAUCUGUUGAUGGGAGUGAAGAAUGAACUUCGGGUCGUGUCCACGCACGCAAACAAUUCGAUGAAGAUGUUUUCCCUGAACAUAAUGGAAAAGAAGGCCGAAGCCAUGUUGCUGAAAUCACUAACCCAUCAUGGCCAUCAAUCGGAAGUGCGAUCAUUGUCGUUCAGUUCAGAUGGCAUGACGAUUGCGUCGGCAAGCGGAGAUUCGUUGAAAGUUUGGAAUCGACAAACAUUGGCCUGCAUUCGAACGAUCGAACAUAAUGGAUACGUUUUGUGUAGUUGUUUCGUACCGGACGAUCGUCAUGUUUUGCUGGGAUUGAAAACUGGUUUCUUGCUGAUCGUAGACAUCAUUACCGGUGACAUACUGGAAGAGAUUCCAGCGCACACAAGCGAAUUGUGGUCGAUAUGUCUAACACCAGACUCUAAAGGUUGUGUGACUGGCGGAGGCGAUGCGACAGUUAAAGUGUGGUCAUUUGAAUUGGUCGAAGACGAGUCAACAGGCGACAAAAGCAACGUACUAUCGCUGUUACACAAAAAUACGCUGAAACUUGAGGAGACUGUGCUGUGCGUGAAAAUUUCACCGAACAACAAAUUCAUCGCCGUUGGUCUACUGGAUUCGACGGUCAAAAUAUUCUUCCUCGAUUCGUUCAAGUUCUACUUGUCGUUGUACGGUCACAAGUUACCCGUUCUCUGUCUGGACAUUUCAUCUGACUCAUCCAUAAUUGCUACGGGCUCGGCUGAUCGUAAUGUGAAAAUCUGGGGCAUGGAUUUCGGUGAUUGUCAUCGAUCGUUAUUCGCUCACGAUGAUUCCGUAAUGGCGUUGCAGUUCAUUCCAAACACUCACAUGUUCUGGACAUGCGGGAAAGAUGGCAAAAUCAAACAGUGGGACGGCGAUAUUUUCGAGAAAAUAAUCACGCUUCCCGGUCAUAUUGGAGAGGCGUACCAUUUAGCUGUGGAUUCGAGUGGUCACAAUCUCGUGACAUGCGGUUCAGAUCGAGUCAUACGGCUGUUUGAACGAACCGAUGAGAUGAUUGUUCUGCGUGACGUCCAAGAAGAUGAACGAGAGGAAAUCGAAAAUCGUACAUUAGCCACCGGUGAAGAUACAACCGUUCCCGGCCUCCCGAAUUUGAAACUUCCGUCGAAGAAAACCGUUGGUGCGGAGCGUGCCACUGAAUCGAUUUUGGAAUGUCUGGAAGUUAGUGAAGAAUUCGAUUCGGGAGACAGUACAGAUCCACCGCCGUUGAUGAAAGCAUAUGGUACGACCAACACAAUCGACUAUUUGAUAAAAACUUUAACGCUGGUGCGAGCAAGUGAUUUAGAAGAAUCGAUGCUACUGUUGCCGUUCGAGAGUGUGUGCAAAAUUUUGUCAAAAAUGCCCGAACUAAUAGAACAGCGACCCGAUCAAACGGAACUCUUGUCCAAAAUAGUUUUGUUUCUGUUCCGAAUUCACCAAAGGCCGAUUGUAGCCAAUCAAACAUUGCUGCCUAUAACACAGAAAAUCAUCACAACAUUGCAGGCCAAUGUGAUUGAGCUGCGGGACAUGAUUGGACUGAAUUAUCAUGGACUCCAACUGCUGAAACGUGACAUUGAAGCUAAAGAAGGUGUCGAAUUGUUCCGGGAUGCAACGAAAACCAAAAAGAUUAAGGAGAAAAAGCACAAGCAGCGGCAACUGACCAAACGAUUGAAUAUACAAAUGAGUUGAGUCUACUGUAUCUGUUGUAGCUUUACUGUUAAGUUGUUUGUACAUUUUUUUGGAUUAAAUAUACUGACAGCAAACUGA